GCACAAGUGCGAGGGACACUUAUUUUCUCUCCACUCACCUUUGAUUCCCCAUUUCCUACAUUCUACCUCGUGGAAACUGCCGAAAAAAAAAUGGCUACUGCUGAAUGGUCGUUGAUCCAUGGUUUUGACUCGAAAUACCCUUCUCCAACGGAUACAGAACAAACCCAUGCGGACCCAAACCUGGAAUUAUUGCAGGAACUUAGCGAGAGCAACUUCGAGUACCUUUUCCCGUGGAGCCUGCCCAGAGCUGCUGUGGUUGCUGAUCUUGCAAUUUGCAACGACUCUGACGUUGAAUACCUACGGAGUACUAAGGACUAUGCUGGGUUUCUUGAACAAAAACUAUCUACUACAGACAUAUCCGGCUUCACUCUGAUGUGUAUGGGGAUCGCCGGGGUCCGAGCCUUUAUUCAGUCAAACAUCACCGGACCUCCACUUCCGUUUUCUCCCGAGAGAGCACUUCUCCCUGAAGAGUUGGCUGAAGAACCUGGGUUUUGCAAAGAACUCUCCAAGUCCAUUAUUGCUUCUUUGUCUGUGGAUGGAGAAACUGCUUACCACCUAACCCCAAAUGUGCUCCUCUUGGCUUUCGGAAAGGUUGUACUGAAUUCAUCAGUGCUCAAGAAGGAUUCAAAGCUGGAGACGCUCCCAUGGUGGAGAGUUCGAGUAAAUUUCCUUCACCAGAGGAUUCUCUCUGAAGCAACUGCAACUCUACACAAUGCUAUCUACGAAGAUAUAGAGAAACUCCUUGAUCAUAUAUCGAGUCAAGACUUGGAUCUUCGAGCGAAAUAUCUGAUCGAGAAAGCACUGAUAGACACUUAUUUCAGUUAUGAUUCUAAGGCGUUAAAAGGGCUAGAGGAGGCGGCAAGCAUUACUGGACUGAAGUACGCCAUUACAGGAGUGUUGGGAAAGCGAACCAAGUUUCAGCAAACCGAUACAAGCCAACUGGUCGUGCUAGCAAGGAGUGCAGAGGGAGGGCCCAGCAAGGUCGCAGUUAAGCCGAAGACUUUGGACCUAAAUGACGACACAAUCCUGGAGGCUAUUUCCUUUACACCAAAGUCAACCCAAGUUCAAGCAGAAUCCACCUUGUCCGCGGAAUUAACUUCACUUGAUCCAGGAAACCAGCCCCAAUUACAACCACUAGACGCGGCGAUUCUAUUACUGAUUACCGAAACCAUCAAAAACACAAACCCUGCGGAUGGCAUCACGAGAGAAGAGAUGUUACCGUAUGCGGAGCGGGUUCUACAACACAGUGUCAACUGGGAGAUCUACACCCUGGGCUUGCUAAUACGUAGUCGCAUCGAGGGAUAUAAAUCCCGGACAGUGGAGAGAGGGCUCCUGCAACUUCAAGCAGUCGUUGACCAAGUCAUCGCAGAUACGACCGGUGCGGAUAUCUCACACGACUCGAAUAAUGCUGUUUCAACCUUCUUGCCAAAACCGAAAGAAGACGAGGUGGCUCCAGUAAAAGAACGCCUUCUCUACAUUCACCAGUUGUCGGUCCCAACCCGUUGGGAACUAGAGGCGGAGUUGGCUUCAAGGUGGAUAUCACUUGGCGGAAUAAGAACAGCUCUUGGGAUCUACGAAAGGCUGGAGAUGUGGGCAGAGGUGGCAUUGUGCUGGGCAGCUACCGAAAAGGAGGACAAAGCUCGGGCGGUAAUCCAGGAUCAACUAUUUUAUCCUCUUAAAUCCGGGGAUGAUAGCGGGGAUGGCCGGAAAGAGAUUGAGCCUGUUCCACCUAAUGCGCCUCGCCUAUGGUGUAUUCUUGGCGAUAUCGAUCAAGAUCCCAAUCACUACGAACGAGCGUGGGAAGUGAGUAAGGGCCGCUACGCAAGGGCGAAACGAUCACUCGGACGUCACUAUUUCUCGCAAAGAGAGUACCAGAAGUCCGCUGAAGCGUAUACGGAGUCACUUAAGCAGAAUCCACUGAAUGGCCCCAGUUGGUUUGCGCUAGGUUGUUGCUGGUUGGAAUUGGAAAAUUGGGAGGGGGCGGUUGAGGCAUUUUCUAGGACCGUUUCGCUCGACGAGACUGACGCCGAGGCUUGGAGCAAUCUCGCAACCGCAUUGCUAAGGCGAAAGACUGAGCUUCCAGCUCAGAGCGAGUGGAGAAAUUCCGACCUCGGCCAAGAUCCGGAAGACGAAAAAACAAACUACGAAAAUGGGAUCGAAGGCCAAAUGGUUGUGGACAAAGAAAACAACAAGAGAAGCGCUCUGCGGGCUUUGAAAAAGGCCACCAGUCUGAAAAAUGACUCCUGGAGGUUAUGGGAGAACCUCCUGCUGAUCUCCGCCAGCGUUAGUCCACCGGCGUACUCGGACGUGGCUAUCGCCCUGCGAAGGAUCAUUGAGAUAAGAAAGGAUUCGGCGGGGGAGACAGCAAUUGACGUCGAUAUUCUCGGAAUGCUUGUGCGGCACAUUAUCACGUCUGAUCUGGAGGGCAACAACCCCACCGGCUACGAUCCCAAGAAACCCGGGUUACAAAGGAUAGUGGUCGAAUUGAUGGAGAAGGACAUCGUCCCAUUGAUCACCAAAGACGGCCGCCUCUGGAAAAUCUAUGCCAAGCUAGCACUUUGGAGGAAAAAGCCUAAAGACGCUCUCGAUGCGGAAGAGAAAGCAUGGCGAACAGCCAAUAGCAGACCGAGCAUCGUUGACGGCACGGAGAGGGAAUGGGAUGAGUUAGUGGAUGCUACGAUAGAUCUUGUUGAUGCGUAUCAGAGCUUGGGGGAGAUGGAGAGGACCGAGGGGCUAGGCGCUGGUGAGCCUGUUGCGAAGGACUGGCGGUUUAAGGCCAGGACAACGGUGAGAGGAGUAAUGGGACAAGGGAGGCAGAAUUGGGAGGAUACGAAGGGUUGGGAGAGAUUGAAGGAGUCGCUAGAGGGGCUGAGAGCUUGACCUUUCACUGUAUAUUAGCUACCAUAUCGGAUUUUUUAGGUAUUACUUGAAUAGUCCUGCAUACUUCA